AUGAUGUGGUCGCCCCGGAGGUUUGGGGUGUGCCGACCCGUGGUAGCCACAGCUCGGUGGCCGUUGGAGGUAGGCUGUAUGCGUUUGGUGGAGACUCGGGAUAUAAGUACCAAGGGGAUGGACGACCACCAAACCCACAACAGAAACAACGGCAGCAUGCACGAAACCCAUAGCCUGGCUCGCACCAACAAAAAUUUCGUCGGGGGGCUCCUGUCCACAAUCACUGAAAGCAACAUGAAGAAUUAUUUCGGCCAAUUGGGAACCAUAACUGAUGUGGUCAUGAUGUACUCCCACAACAUGCGAAGGCCCAGAGGUUUCGGGUUCAUAAUGUAUGAUUCGGAGGCACCAGUGAAUAGAGUAUUGGUGAGAACAUUUCACGAGCUCAACUAUAAAAUGUUCGAGCUCGACGGGCGGGCUUUUCAACUGUUAUUAUCCGGGCUACAAUAGUUUGAAUUCAGCUGGUGGAUACGGGAUGAGAAUAGAUGGCCAUUUUAACACUAUUGGUCGGGUACGGGUAUCCACCGUACAACCCUGGAAAUCAUAGUGUGGGGUCGAGUUUGGAGACUGGAUGGGGUAACUGAGAUUUUGUAUUCAAAUAAUACACCGUUAUUUCACUAGAAAUAUAUUUAUCUUUUACAUUGUAUCGUCCCAUGUCAUAUGAAUCUAUACGGGCAUCAUCUUCUAUCUUACAAACCUAUAAAUACCCUUUCCAUUAUAGGAUUUUAUUGUUUUCUAGACAAGAUAAUGGUGGGGUGUCUAGAUGGAGUGCAUCAUAUGCUAUCUGCUUUAGUAAAUUGUUGUGAGUCUGAUAUUAACAAGCAACCUGGGGCCUGGGCUUUCAAUUUCUUUUCUCAUGUUUCUCUUAAAAUAAAGAUUGCAUCUUCACAUCAUGGUUAGGUUUCUCACUUAGAAGGGAGUUUGUCCAGUUCAACCCUCAAUCCCUCCACAUUCCAAUAUCACUCUUUCUUCCAUUUUCCUGUUACAUAAAUAAAUAAAUUAGCUCCUUUGUUAAGUUGCUUAAUUAAAUUGUUGGUAUAUCAAUCUUGUGUAGUUUAGAUUUGGAAUUUUCGGGUUUAGUAGAGAAUAAGUAUGAUCUUUCUCUGGGAAGGGUCGGAUGAGGGUUCCUCCCCACGGACCUCUGUAUCGGACAACAGAAACGCGAAUCAGACCUCUGAUUCAAUGCUGUUUCGAAAGGACUUGUUGAGACUCAGGAGAAUACAUCUGAGGUUCUUUCUCCUUUUCCACUUGAUCACGUGCGGUACUUAAUUCAGUAUCUUAUUUUGCUUGGGUUGGUCAUAUUUAGAGUUUACUAAUAUUCUCACCUUUUCCCAGUUUCUGUACAUCUAUGCAUUUGGAGGAUCACAGGGAUCACUGUAUAAAUUUCAUUGAUUCAAUGUCUAUUUCUUCCUCUUAAACUAGGAGAGCAUAAUAGAAUUUGAAAAUUUUACUUGAUGUUGAGUGUUCGUCUCAUUGGAAAAUGAUGAAUCUGCAGGGUUAAUUUGGACUUAGGGCAGGGCAUGUGAGAAAAUUGCCUAAUUGGAAAAUAUAGUCUUUAUGUAGAUUUAGAAGUUAUUUGAAUAUAUUCUGCCUAAUUGGAAUACAUAGUGUUUAUGUGGAUGUAGAAGUUAUUUGAAUAAAUUCUAAUUUAAGGCAUGAUGGAUACAUCCAUCGCUUUGUUGAAUGAUAGACGUAAAUUUCGAGUAGGAUUAGAUAAAAGCAACUGCCUCUUGAUGCUUUUUGUAUAGGAUGCCCAUGAAAGGGGCCAACCUGUAACGGGCGACCUGUUUUUUAGGAGACGCGAGAGCUUCGACAUGGGGCCCAUGACCUUUGCGAGGGAUGCCACGAGCAUGAUGCCCUGCUUUAAUUGGUAAAUGUUUUUUUGGUCUUGUUUCGGGUUCCAUUGAUGGUUUAAUCGUGUUUUAUGCAGUGAUCAUGUUGCAGAUAGAAUUGUGGUGAUGUAAUUUGUGUAGUAGGACGUGGUUUUCUUCAAGUUGUGUUGCUUCUUUAU